AUGGUGGGCUGCGGCAGUUAUUGCUGUGGGAGUUUCACCCUCCCAGCUUCUCAUGUUGUUGCAGUUACGCCUGUUGAGAGAAUAGCAGAGAUCAAUGAUGGAAAAGAGCUUUGGAAGAUUGUUGUUAGGAUUCACCACAGAUGGAAUGUUGUGUCCAACAACAAGGAACAUUUUGAAAUGAUCUUUGUUGACAAAUUGGGAGAUGAUAUUCAUGCUGUUGUUCCAGCACCACAUGUGUCGGUGUUCACUGAAAAAUGCUUAUUAGGGCAUACUUAUAUUCCGUGUGAAAUUAAUAAAUUUAUUUCAGAUGUCGUUGGAAUGGUGGAUAGUAUUGGUUAUGCACAGACUGAGUCGGGCGCAAAGAAGCAGCAAAUUAGCACGAUGUUGCGUGACCACAGCAACAACAUGUUGAACUGUACUCUGUGGGAAUCAUACGCGGAUCAGUUCAUCAGGUUUAACAAAGUUAGGGUUGCUGCAUCACUCCCUACAGUUGUGUUGCUUCAGUAUGCCAAAGUGAAGGAAGAAGGAAAGUAUCCUCUGUCUGUGACAAACACCUACAAUGUGACCCUUUUAUGUGUUGAUGCUGAUUUUCCUGUCAUGAAAGACUUUAUUGAUAGAAUGCCUGGGGAGAGCAGGGUAACCCUGUCUGAACAACUCGGAGGGAAUUCCCAAUAUUCCUCCCAGAGUUCUGAAAAUCAACAGCUGACUCCUGUGCAAAAAUUGUUCUCAAAGGCUGUUGUUUUGCCUAUUGCUGAGAUUAUUCAACUUACGGAUGUUACAUUUUGUGCUACUGUCGCUACAACAAAAUUAUUAGUAGCGUCUCCAUUUGGAUGGUACUAUUGUGCCUGUCAUAUGUGUCAAUCUAUAGCGCGUGGGGACAGCCCCCCGUUUGAGUGUGAAGCUGGUCUUGAAACCAUGGCUGAAGUCCUUAGGUAUAAGAUUGAGAUUGAGGUUACUCAUGGGGGCAAAAGCUGCAAUUUGUCUUCUGGAACAGAGAAUGUGAAAUGCUUUUGGGUUUAUCUGCAUCCCAACUUCGUAACACUAUGA